CUGUAGAAUUAAAUCCUCCAAAAUGAUCUGGCAUGUUUUAAUUGUAGGGAUUCUGCUUCCCCAAACUUUGGCCCAUCCAGGCUUUUUUACUUCAAUUGGUCAGAUGACUGAUUUGAUCCAUACAGAGAAAGAUCUGGUGACUUCUCUGAAAGAUUAUAUUAAGGCAGAAGAGGACAAGUUAGAACAGAUAAAAAAAUGGGCAGAGAAGUUAGAUCGGCUAACUAGCACAGCAACAAAAGAUCCAGAAGGAUUUGUUGGGCAUCCUGUAAAUGCAUUCAAGUUAAUGAAACGUCUGAAUACUGAGUGGAGUGAGUUGGAGAAUCUGGUCCUUAAGGAUAUGUCAGAUGGCUUUAUCUCUAACCUGACCAUUCAGAGACAAUACUUCCCUAAUGAUGAAGAUCAGGUUGGGGCAGCCAAAGCUUUGUUGCGUCUCCAGGACACCUACAAUCUGGACACAGAUACCAUCUCAAAGGGUAAUCUUCCGGGAGUAAAGCAUAAAUCCUUCCUAACUGCUGAGGACUGCUUUGAAUUGGGCAAAGUGGCCUACACAGAGGCAGACUAUUACCACACUGAACUGUGGAUGGGACAAGCCCUCAGGCAGCUGGAUGAGGGCGAGGUGGCCACUGUGGACAAGGUCUCUGUUCUAGAUUAUCUGAGCUAUGCUGUAUACCAGCAGGGAGACCUGGACAAGGCUCUUCUGCUUACAAGGAAGCUUCUUGAACUAGAUCCUGAACAUCAGAGAGCUAAUGGUAACUUAAAAUAUUUUGAGUAUAUAAUGACUAAAGAAAAAGAUACCAAUAAGUCUGCUUCAGAUGACCAGUCUGAUCAGAAAAGCACACUGAGGAAAAAAGGGAUUUCUAUGGAUUACCUGCCAGAGAGACAGAAGUAUGAAAUGCUGUGCCGUGGGGAGGGUAUCAAAAUGACUCCUCGAAGACAAAAAAAACUGUUUUGCCGCUACCACGAUGGAAACCGGAAUCCUAAAUUUAUUCUGGCUCCAGCCAAACAGGAGGAUGAGUGGGACAAGCCUCGUAUUAUUCGCUUCCAUGAUAUUAUUUCUGAUGCAGAAAUUGAAAUUGUCAAAGACCUAGCAAAACCAAGGCUGAGGCGAGCCACCAUUUCAAACCCAAUAACAGGAGACUUGGAGACGGUACAUUACAGAAUUAGCAAAAGUGCCUGGCUCUCUGGCUAUGAAAACCCUGUGGUGUCUCGAAUUAAUACAAGGAUACAAGAUCUAACAGGACUAGAUGUGUCCACAGCAGAGGAACUACAGGUAGCAAAUUAUGGAGUUGGAGGACAAUAUGAACCUCAUUUUGACUUUGCACGAAAAGAUGAGCCAGAUGCUUUCAAAGAACUGGGAACAGGAAAUAGAAUUGCCACGUGGCUGUUUUAUAUGAGCGAUGUGUCUGCAGGAGGAGCCACUGUUUUUCCUGAAGUAGGAGCUAGUGUUUGGCCCAAAAAAGGCACUGCUGUUUUCUGGUAUAACCUAUUUGCCAGUGGAGAAGGAGACUAUAGUACACGGCAUGCAGCCUGUCCGGUACUAGUUGGAAACAAAUGGGUAUCCAAUAAAUGGCUUCAUGAACGUGGACAGGAAUUUCGAAGACCUUGCACUUUGUCGGAAUUGGAAUGACAAACUGUGUCCCCUGCCUCUCCCGUUGUUGUACCCUAAUGUGUCUGAUACACACAGUUCCUAGUCUUAACUUUCAGGGUUUACAAUUGACUAACACUCCAUGACUGAGUCAAUCAUGAACCUCAUCCCAUGUUUCAUCUGUGGACAAUUCACUUUAUGGGUUUUCUCUUUUACAAGUAACACUAAGUCACCACACUUGAUAAAAGCUUAGUCGGUAUAAUGAAAGACAAGGCAGAGUUAAAAUGAGGAAUCUUAAAUUUUAUAUUUUAAAUAACUUUUUGUUUGGAUAAAUAUAAUUUAAGCAUCUGUUUUAGUAUUUCAGAACAUCUCAACUGAUGUGUAGGCCAGAGUGGGCUGUGUGGAGGAAGCACAUACUUCUAGCUAGGUGUCCUUUUGGCCUCGUCCUCCUUGCAGCUCAUUUUCUGGACUUGCCUGAACCCCAGUAAUGAACUAGGAAUUUGAUCUGGGCUCUCCAUGGUAUUUGCCCCUCUAUACAUUAUUCUAAGUUGAGUUUUCCCCGUGUCCUCUUAAAAAACAAA